AUGAACUCGGUUAAAUGCCUUAAGUUGGUCACAACCAGAUCAAAAAUCUUGCACUGCUUAAUAGAGGAUAGUUUGGUUACGAAAUCUACAGUGUAUCGAUUUUCAACCAGACCCGGAUCGAUUUCAAAUUCCGUAAAGACAACUGCGCAGUCAAAACCGUCAUCCUUUGUUGGUAAACAUGCACCACUGAUUCUUACAAAGUCAGCUGUAGCUCGAGCUCUGCAGCUCUUGCAAAUGAAUCCAAAAGCCACAGGAUUACGCAUUGGAGUUAGGACCCGUGGAUGUAAUGGCUUGUCAUAUACUUUGGACUUUUGUUUUGAAGGACGCCAACCCGGAGAUGAAGUUGUAGAACAAGAUAAUGUCCGCAUUUUCAUUGAUCGCCGAGCUCAGCUGACGUUACUAGGUACUGAAAUGGACUAUCAGCAGGACGUACUGUCAAGUCAAUUUGUUUUUAAUAACCCUAAUAUUAAAGGCACAUGUGGGUGCGGAGAGAGCUUUAGUGUAUAG